AUGCCUGCCUCUUCCCCAUACCAUUUCAACCAGUCUUUGCGAGACUCCAUUCAGCAGCAGUUUCUCGUCUACUCAGACAUCGAGCCUGAAUCCUCUGAGGAAGAAGAUUUGAUAAACGACAUACUUGACAACCAGAACAUUAUUCUAGAAGACCAGGGCUCCUCUACAGCAGCUCAAUUGACUUACAACAACAACCACAAUGUGCAGAACAGCCAGUUUAGUGGCAGAUUUAACAAGUUUAACCAGCUAUUCAAUCCUGGAAGAGAGAUCGCCAUUGAGUACUACAAGAAUAACUACAACCAAGAUCCCUAUGACAAUCUAAGUGAUGAUUCCAAUGGCUUCCAGGUAUCUGAUAAGCUAUCCCAAAACCUUUUGAGUGAUUCACCCUCUGAUAGCGAUCGAAAUGACUCCAAUCAGGAUGAUAAUGAUGAUACUGAAGAUACCAAUGAUGAAUCAACUCUUAAUGAUUUCUCUCUAGAUAACGAUGAUGAUUACAAUUAUAAAAAAAUCAACCAAAUAACCGAUCUCAAUAACAUCAAUUCCAACAAAAAAUCCAAACAACAUAAUAAUAAUAAUAAUGACCAUAAUAGUAAUAAAAAUGAUAAUAAUAUACUUGAAAGGGUUUUGAAUUUAUUAAAAGUUGUCUCUAAUAGAAUAGUUGUUUUUUUCACUAAUUUUUCAAGUUUUUUAAAAUCUUUUAUAAAAAAUUAUAAAAAAUCCUUAAUUUCCUUAAUAUUUAUCUCCUUAUCCACUCUCUUGAUAUUUUUAUUCUAUUUAAAUAUCAAUAAUUCCAACUUAAACUUAAACAACAUAGGAGAGAAUUUUACUCUUAAAAAUCAUAACCAAAAUCAUAUUCAAAAUAGCAAUUAUAAUAACAACUAUAAAAUAUUACUCAAUAACUUACAAUCAGAUAUAUCCAACUUACAUCAUAAAGUUAACAACAUCCAUGACAUAAACCAAAAUUUAUAUAAAAAUAUGUCAACUUUUAAUUCGGAUUUAUCAGAUUUCAAACUAACUUAUAAAAACAAUCUACUAAAUUUAAAUCAAAAUUUAUACAAUUUAAACCUUUUUAGAAAUCAAUCCCAAUCAAUUUUAAAUAAUUUAAUUCAAAUUAACCAAAAAAACAAUCCAAAUAAUCUAAACCAAUUUGAUAAUUUCAAUCACCUAUUAAAAAAAAAUUUACCAAAUUAUUUGCCAAUUAUAAUAAAUGAAAACAACAAAAAUUUAACUCUAUUACCUGUUUUUGAAAAUUAUCUUAAGAAUUUUAUCCAAACUUUAAUCGAAAAUAACAUAAACACGUCCAAUAAUACCAUCACUAAUGGCAACUUAAUUCCAACUUGGAAUCAGUUUUUAAUCAAAAACAAUAUAGACAUUAACCACUAUUUUAAUAAUUUGAUACACUCUGAUUCAAAUUUUAAAUUAUUAAACAUUAAAAACGAAAAAUUAUUAUCCGAUUUAAAUCUCUUUAAAAAUUUUAUCUCUUCUCAACUAAGAAAAAAUUAUAACUCAUUAAAUCAAAAAAUUUUGAAAAAUUAUCAACUAAUUAAUCUCCAAAAUAAUAUAUCAAACAACAACAGCAUUAGUAGUAAUUCAUUUAUAAUAAAUUCUACAACAGAAUUAAUUCUCGAAAAAUUAGUCUCAAAAAUUUUAAACAAACUAAAAUUCAAUUCAAACCCAUUUUACAACUACAACUAUGCUUCUUUGACAAAUGGCGCAAUUAUUAUAAAUAACCUAGUAUCUUCACACAACUCCUUUAAUAUAACUCAUUUAAAUAUAAUCCAAAAUCGAAAUGAAUUGAAAAAUACUCUUUAUAAUUUCUUUUCUAAAAAUUCGCAAAAGAGAAAAUUCUUGAUUUUAAACUCCUACAAAGCUAUUUCAAACAAUUUAAACAAAUUUCCAAUCGAUAAAUUAAAUAAUUAUUAUAAAAUUCCUCAGUCCACUGGCAUUAAAACAUUUGCUGUUAAAUUUCAAACUCCAAUAUAUAUAAGAGACUUAAUCAUUUCUUAUCCAAGAUACAAAAGAAAUGCAAGCUUUUUAUAUGCUGCUCCCAAAAAAAUCUCCAUUUGGUUUCAGUUAAAUAAUUUUGAAAAUAAUGCCCAUAAAUUAAAAGAAUUUAUAAAAAUCCAAAAAAAGAUCAAAUGUAAACAAAUUAAUAAAAAUAUCAAUAACCAUAAUGCUACAGAACUUAAAAUAACCAUUAAUCAAAGAGUAAAUUAUGAAUUAUUUUACGAAAAAAAUUUUAAUUUAAAGAAUCAAAAUUUUAUCAAAAUUGAUUCUAUGACUUAUGAUAUUAAUUCCUUAGAAGUCGAUCAACCUUUUAAAUUUAUUCAAAAUAAAGAUUUCAAAGAUCUAAAACUUCUAAUAAAUUCAAUUUUUUUUUCUGUAGAAUCAAAUUAUGGUGAUAACUACAAUACAAAUUUGUUCAAGCUAAAAGUUUUUGGUGUUAAUCAAAAUGAUUUAAAUUGCAUUCAUGAAUUGCUAUUAAAUGAUUAUAAUGAUGAAUCUACUUUUAAUAGAAAAGAUUUCAAAGAUGAAUUAAAUAAAAAAGAUAUAAAUGAGUUGGAAAAAUUAUUCAAUGAUAGAUUUAUUAGUGAAGGCGUUACGGAUAACUAUUCCAAUGAAAAUGAUGAGGAAGAUGAAGAUGAAGAUGAAGAAGAAGUUGAAGCUUAUGAUUAUGAUAAUGAUAUUGUUGAGGAUAAUAAUGAAGAAUGA